AUGGAGACCCAGACAACAGAGAGCAAAGAAGAUACAGGUUUUGCAACCAAAGAUUCUCCAUUAACCGAUAUCACUACUUCACCACCAGCGUUUGACUUAAGCUCAGAGAAAUUAGAUCUACUGAAACCGGCGGGUGGUCCCCUUACCGCGGCUUCCAGUGUAUCAUCAUCAUCAUCGUCUGAUUCUACUGCGCACAAGGCUAGCUAUUCAAGCUCUGAACUUAGUGACUUGGGGGAGGAGGAUUCUGAAGCUGAAACUGAUAAAAUGGAUUUUCUAGAUGAUGAUGGGAAUACCAGCACUGAAGGUGUAGGCACUCUGGAUCUCAAUGCAUUAUCCAAGCUUACAGAGUUGGCACGACUCAAGGAGGUUGAUUCUGAUUCCGAUGAUGGUAACAUUGAUAAGACCAUAGCAUCAAAAUCGUUACCAGAUGAGGAUGAUGAUACAGCUACAGCAGUGUCAGAAAUGGUAGAGAGUGAGGGUAAGGUUGUGGUUGAAGGCACCACCAAAGAAGAAGAUCAUCAGCAGGAUAUUAUUUCAGAUGAGAAUGGCCCAAGUAUUGAAGAUAAGAGUGGGAACGUUAGUGACAUUAAUCCACCGUCAUCAAAAAGAUCAUUGGAAGAUUCUGAAAUGGGAAAUGAUUCUAAGAGAACCAAAGUUGAGAGUCAAACUCAUAGUCCGAGUGAUUCUACUUUGGCUGAUGUCAAAGAAGACGUCGAUGUGAUAAAAGCUGAUGAGGACACAACCGAAGAAGGUAAUAAUGGUUCUAUUAGCAACGGAAAUGCAAUUGACAAAUUAGAUGCUUCACCCGAAGCUGACAAUGAAAGCAGUCACGAGGAAACUGAAGUGCAAGAGAAUGAUCCUCAGAAUCAAGUUGAGAAGAAGGAAGGAUCCACCGAAGCCAAGAGUGUCACUCCAGUAGAUACCGAACUGGAAUUACCAGUACCUGAGGUGACGAUAGAACAAGCAUCUGAGAGUAAGGAAGAGGAAGAGGAUGAAGAAGAAUCUCAAUUAAAAUAUGAACAAGAUGAAGCAAAAGCAGAAGCAGAAGCAGACCAUGAUAAUGAUGAGAUUGACAUUAAUGAACAACGAAGACUUGCAAUCAAGGAGCUCUUUGAAAUAGAGCAAUCAUUUGCUGAACUUCGUGAUAAGCUUUUCCAAGAUAAAUUGACCUUGUUAGAACAUGAACUACAAUUAUGUUUGGAAGGAUCACAUCCUGAAUUGUCAAAGAUAUAUUAUAAGGUGAAUGAGUUUUAUCAAGAUUCACUUAAACUUGCCAAUGCCAAUUUGACAUACAGUUUGAGAUGCAUAGAUAAGGAAACCAUAGCCACUAGGACUGGAGUUCAUCAAAACUUUUUGAGACAACUUAUGGAUUCUCGAAAUGAAUUAAUAACUGAUACCACUUCACUAUGGUAUAAGAUCAAUAAGGAAAGAAAUCAAUAUGAUCAAUUAGUACCUGAUUUCACUUAUUCUGCCAUUCCCAUUGUCCCCAAACAUGCCAUUCCUGAUGAGACCACUGGAGAAUUAACUCCUAUGUUUGUCAAUGAAGAAAGACUAGCCGUUGGACUAGAACCCAAUGCGGUACCUUUGACGAAGAAGGUCAUCAAACAGAAUACAUUAGUGGAACUUGUUAAGCAAAGAAACGAUGUGAAUCAACAAUUGGGUAUUAUUAAUGGGUUGAAGCAAUUCUACGGGAUGCCUGUUGCAGUUGGGACAUCGUUGAACGAUGAAACAACGGUAUUGGAUGAUGAACUUCUUUUGAAGCGAGCAAGUGAGGAAGAGAUCAAUGAAGACUUAAUUGCUAUGGGGAUCAGUAUAUAA